AUGAAAGAUUUAGCGGAGUAUGAGACUGCAAGCGAGUAUGCUUUGGCUCUGCAGCAGCAUGUGGUGCCGUCUCUGCUGCAGCUGGUAAGACAGGCAGCAGACGUGGUGUGGGUGGGAGGCUGGGCAGUUCAGGCAAGAAAGGAGGAGGAGGAGGAGGAGGAGGAGGAGGAGGAGGAGGAGGAGGAGGAGGAGGAGGAGGAGGAGGAGGAGGAGGAGGAGGAGGAGGAGGAGGAGGAGGAGGAGGAGGAGGAGAAGGAAGGGGCGAAAUCGCUGGCGGUAGUGGGGGGGCGAGUGCCGCACACGAAAGCACAGAGAAGGAUGCGGAGGGAGGAGGGGCAGCAGGGAGUUCUGGAGAGGGAAAGCCGUGGCCAGAUGUGGAUGCUCUAG